UCUCUCUCUCUCUCUCUCUCUCUCAGCCAACAUGAAGAUGAAACCACCCAUUCUCCCUCUCCUCCUGGGGAUUACAUGGGCUUGUUUGGCAGAAGAUCGAGUCAUAUAUCUGGUGUUGAUGGAAGGAGAUCCUGUGGCAUUUCACCAAGGUGUUCGACCUCUGGAACAUGGCAAACGUUGCAAAGCAUAUGCAAAGCGAUUGGUGGAAUCUCAUGAUAAGGUACUGGAGAGCAAUCUAGAGGUUGGGAGUUUUAAGAAGCUUUAUAGCUAUACCCACAUCGUUAAUGGAUUUGCAGUCCAUGCCACUCCUUCUCAGGUCAACAAGCUUAAAUCUGCACAAGGAGUGAGCUUGAUAGAAAAAGAUAGAGGUGCUAAGCUAAUGACAACUUACACUCCUCGAUAUCUUGGGCUAACUGGGCCCACAGGCAUGUGGACCCAAGAAGGAGGAGAGGAAAAUGCAGGCGAUGGUAUUGUUAUCGGGAUCAUUGACACGGGAAUCGAUCCGACGCACCUAAGCUUCGCUUAUGAUCCCCUCAAUCCGUUCCAGGCGGGCCUUCCUCAGUUCUCCGGCGGCGUCUGCGAGGCAGGCCCUCACUUCCCAUCCACUUCAUGCAAUGGGAAGAUAGUGUCUGCCAAGUACUUUGCAGCUGGAGCUGCAGCGUCCAUGCCUCUUAAUGCUUCCAAGGAUUUCUUAUCGCCCUUUGAUGCAGUGGGACAUGGGAGCCACGUGGCAUCGACGGCAGCGGGGAAUUCAAGAGUUCCUGUGAUCGUUGACGACUUCAUGUAUGGGUGGGCCAGCGGAAUGGCCCCACGUGCAAGGAUUGCUGUUUACAAGCCAAUAUAUCCAGAUGUGGGAACUCUUGCAGAUGUAGUUUCUGCAAUCGAUCAAGCAGUUAAAGAUGGUGUGGAUAUCAUAACUCUCUCCAUUGGUCCAGAUGAACCUCCAGAAGAUACACUUACCUUCUUGAACGUCUUUGACAUAUUCCUGUUAUUUGCCCGAAGAGCUGGAAUUUUUGUAGUACAAGCCGCAGGGAAUAAGGGCCCAGCUGCCAGCAGUAUCGUUUCUUAUAGCCCGUGGGCAAUGGGUGUUGGCUCUAGCACCACAGACAGAAGUUUCACCACUGAACUUGUCCUUGGUGAUGGUCGAAAAAUCAGCGGCAUUGGGUUAUCUGGACCCACUUUUGGAGAAGGGUUCCUCCAAUUCAGGCUCGUAUUGGCUAAGGAUGCAGUGAUUGUAAACGGGAGCUUCCCACCAAGCCCACCAUAUAUUGAAGAGUGCCAAAAUCCAGAGGCAUUGGAUCCUAGAUUAGUGCAAGGUAGUGUUGUUAUAUGCUCAUUCUCAGAAGGAUUCCUCAACGGAACUUCCACUCUCUCUGCAAUCUUCGACACUGCAAAGGCUCUGGGUUUCAUGGGUUUUGUGUUUAUCGCCAACCCCAUGUAUGGAGAUUUCAUUGCACAUCCCAUUCCAUUCUCCCUUCCUGGAAUUAUGAUCCCGAAAAUAGCCAAUGUCCAGGUCCUUUUGGAGUACUACAACAGUCAAACAUAUAGGGAUGAGAGAGGAGCUGCAGCAAGAUUCAAUGGAAGAGCAUCCAUUAAAGAAGGAAGAGUAGCUUCUUUCAGCGAGCAAGCACCCAUAGUAAGUAGAUUUUCUUCCAGGGGACCAGACAUCAUAGACAAUAACCUCAAUCUCGCCGAUGUUCUCAAACCUGAUAUUCUUGCACCUGGAGACCUCAUAUGGGCAGCUUGGAGCCCAACUAGUGUUGCAGAUCCCAUCCUCUCAGGAUACCGUUUCGCUUUACUGUCUGGCACUAGCAUGGCGACACCUCAUGUAGCAGGAAUUGCAGCGCUGAUAAAACAAUCCCAUCCAUCCUGGACUCCAUCCAUGAUUGCCUCAGCCAUCUCCACCACAGCAUCCACAUUUGACAACCGCGGAGAGCCCAUCAUGGCAGAAGGGUCCAAUCUCACUCAGCUGUAUCCAUCAACUCCUCAUGAUCAUGGGGCUGGCCUCAUAAAUCCAUCUCGUGCACUUGAUCCAGGCCUAGUCUUUUCAUCAGGAUUUGAAGACUACAUAAGCUUCUUGUGCUCCUUGCCCAACAUGGAUCCUGCAACAGUCCGGACCACUACCGGAAAAACAUGCGACUUUCCAAUUCCGAACCAACCAGCAGACCUCAACCUACCUUCCAUAACCAUAUCAGCCUUGACUGGAAGCCAAACGACAAAGCGAGCAGUCACAAAUGUAGCGAGCAAGCCGGAGACAUACCUGUGCUCCAUUCUACAACCAGGAGGGGUUGAGGUCACUGUGAAUCCACCUUGGUUCAUAAUAGCUCCGGCUGAAACACAAGAUCUAGAAAUCAAGCUCAAUGUCACCCAAGCAGCGGAUGGUUUCAGCUUUGGCAAGAUUGUUCUGACAGGUUCUUUGGAUCAUAUUGUGAGAAUACCAUUGUCGGUAUUUCCAAUUUCGGUGGCUAAUUAGAAAUCAGAAAUGGAGAGCAAAAUGCAAGAAGCAUACGACUUUACCCUUUUAUAAGCAAACUAAUGAAAGAAGAAUUAGUACAACAUGGUUCGAGAUA